UCCACUUCUGGUAGCAGCAUAAAAUAGCCAAACGAAGAAAAGGCAUCUCUCCUAUUUUCUUUCUACUGUUAUUAAUACCAACAAUUGUUGCACAAUCUUUUCUUCAUUCUCUCUCACUCUCUUUGAUUUAUUUCAUUAGGCACUUUUUCCAAUUUCCCAAACAGCAAACAAAAGCUUUUCUCCAAUAAAGAAGCAAAGCACCCAAAAAUCAAAAUCAAGUAGAAAUGGGGAACGACCUCCAAGCAGCAAAAGAAAAAAUUGAUUCUCAAGACCGUGACUUGUCGAGGGUCCGAGCAGAAAAUCGAAAACUUGAAUCUCAAGUGUCGAAUUUAAACUAUGAAUUGUCGACGGUCCGAGCAGAAAAAGGAAACCUUGAAUCUCAAAUAUCGAAUUUAAACGAUGAAUUGUCGAGUGUCCGCGCAGAAGAAAGAAACCUUGAAUCUCAAAAUCUGAAGUUAAAAGAUGAAUUGUCUUUCACAAAAGAGAAGUUGGAGGAAACUGCAAAGAAAUUUGAAGGGCUUGAACUUGAUCACAAGAAAUUGAAAAAGCAGAGUGCCGAAGCAGAAAAGAGAUGUAACACUGAGCUUAAAGCAUUGCAAGAGGCAUUGCAAGCUCACGAAUUGAACAGCAAAGAGCAUGUUAAGGUUAAGGUGGCAUUUGACAGACUUAGCCUCGAGUUUGAAAGCUCAAAGAAAAAGAUGGGAGAGCUUGAGAAAGAGCUGCUGACUUCUGCGAGUGAGGCCCGCAAGUUUGAGGAGUUGCACAAACAAAGUAGCUCACUUGCAGAAUCAGAGACAAAGAGGGCCUUGGAUUUUGAGAAGAAACUUGCAUCAAAAGAAACUCGUAUAGAUGAAUUAAGCCAAGAGCUGGGCAGGAGAAAAGCUUCUGAAUCUCAGUUCAAGGAUGAUAUUUCGGCUCUUGAGCUUCUAUUAUCAUCCAGUAAAGAAGAUCUUCGGGCUAAGUUAUCUGAGUUGGAAGACACAAAGUUGAAGCUUCAGAAGGAAGUAGGUUUAAAGGAAGAUAUUGAAGCUAAACUGAAAUCAUUGGAAGAGCUUUACCGUGAAUCUGCAUAUGCCGUAACUACAGCUAACCAGAAAAAUGUUGAGCUUGAGGACAUGCUAAAAAUCGCCAAUACUGCUAUAGAAGAAGCAAAAUCGCAGUUUAAAGAAAUGGAAAAUCGCUGUGCUGCAGCUGAAGAAAGGAAUGUGGAGUUAGAACAGCAAAUAAUUCUGGCGGAACUGAAAAGCAAUGAUACGAAGAGGGAACUAGAGGAGUUCUCGGGGAAAGUUUCUGAACUAAAUGCCACCCUUCAGAAGACCCUGGAAGCAAGAAAAAGAUGGGAGAGCUUGAGAAGAUUGCAGGAGUACGAGGAGAAGAUAGCUCAUUUUGAUUCUGAGUUGGUCAAAUCAACUGGUCGUAAUUCAGAACUUGAAGCGGAGCUUAAAAGUGUUGCUGACAAGUGUGCUGAGCAUGAAGGUCGGGCCAACACCACCCAUCAACGCAACCGUGAAUUAGAGGACUUGAUGCUGGUAUCACAGUCAAAAGUAGAGGAAACGAGCAAAAAGGUGAGUAAUUUGGAGCUAUUGCUCGAAACAGAGAAAUGUAGAAUUCAGGAGCUUGAAGAACAAAUAAGCACAUUAGAGAAGAAAUGUGUGGCGGCAGAAGCAGAAUCAAAGAAGCACUCUGACAGGGUAUCUGAGCUUGAAGCAGAAGUAGAGACAUUCCAAACAAAAUCAUCAAGCCUUGAGGUUGCGUUGGCGGAGACCAAGGAGAAGGAGAAGGAAUUGAGUCAAUGCCUGAACAGUGUGACAGAGGAGAAGAGUAACUUAGAGGAUGUGUACAGGAAUUCAAUUGAAAAACUAGAUGAAACAGAAAACUUGCUUGAGGUCCUGCGUAAUGAAUUGAGUGCCACACAACAGAAACUGGAAAGUAUUGAGAACAAUCUUAAUGCUGCUGGAUUGAGAGAGAGUGAGGUGAUGGUGAAGCUCAAAUCAGCAGAAGAGCAGCUAGAGCAACAAGGAAAUGUUUUGAAGCAAGCAACAGCUCGAAGCAUAGAGCUUGAGUCAUUGUAUGACACUCUGAAAAGGGAUUCCGAGCUCAAACUCGAAGAAGCAACUGGCAAAUUUGUUAGCGGAGAUUCAGAGGCACAAACAUUGAAUGAGAAACUGAAGGCUCUUGAAGAUCAGCUAAAGAGUUACGAGGGGCAGAUUGGUAAACCUGCGGAAAGGUUUUCAGCUGUUAAGGAAGAACUGGAUCAGGUGUUGGUGAAGCUGGCUUCAUCUGAAACUGUCAAUAAGGACCCGAAAGAGAAAAUAUUGGAGGCAGAAGAUAAAGCUGCAAGCGUUUUAUCUGAAAACCAACAAUUGAUGGACACAAAUAUGCUUCUAAAGAACAAGGUAAGUGAUCUUGAAGAACUGUUAAACUCAGCCUAUGCAGAAAAGGAGGCCAGUGUUCAACAACUAGUUUCUCAUAUGAACACUAUCACAGAACUGUCAGAUCAGCAUUCCAGAGCCUCUGAACUUCAAUCAGCAACUGAAGCCCGCAUAUCAGAAACGGAGGCAAAGCUGCAGGAAGCCAUUCAAAAGUUCACCAACAAAGAGUCUGAAGGUAAAGAGUUAAUGGCUAAGCUACACUCUCUUGAAACUCUGGUGAAAACAUAUGAAGAGCAGGCUCAUGAAACUGCUACUCUGGCUGAAAGUCAAAAAAUGGAACUAGAGCAAAGCCGUAAGAAUUUGACUGGGCUUGAAGGCAUUGUUGAAGAGCUGAAAGGGAAGUGUACCGAACUUAAAAAAGAGAAAGAAGAACUAACUCAAGAGAACUCGCAGCUAAAGGGAGAAGUGGCCUCAGUUGGGUCUAAACUCAAUGAUUUAGAAGCCAAAGUGUCAGCUGUGUCUGCCGAGAAGAAUGAAGCAGUUGAAGAGCUUAAAUCCUCAAACCAGGUUAUAGACAACUUAAAAGAACAGCUUAGUUCUGAAGGACAGAAGUUACAACUUCAGUUAUCAUCCAUUAAGGAGGAAAAUAACUUGCUCAAUGAAACGCAUCAAGCCUCUAAAAAGGAACUGCAAAGUGUCAUAGCACAUCUUGAAGAACAGUUGAAAGAAAUCAAGUCAAGUGAAGAUUCUCUGAAGAGUCAAUUAGAAGUUUUCCAGGCUGAGAUUCAUCAGAAGUCUGAAUUGCAAAGCCGCAUCAAGGAGCUUGAAGAUCACUUAGCUAGUGCUGAGGCUCAAGUGAAAAAAGAGAAAGAGGCUAUGUCCAAUAAGGGGAUGGAGCAGCAGGUAACUUUGAAGAGUUUAUCAGAGGAGCUGCAAGCCAAAAGCAAUGAAGUACUAGUUCUACAAAACCAAGUCAAGGAACUUGAGGAGAAAUUGCAGCAGGCUGAUGCUAUCAAGCAGAAGGAUAUUGGUGGCAGUAGUAGUGAUCGAAAGGAUGACGUAGAGGUGAAAUCUAGGGACAUAGACAUUGGACAAAUGCUCUCUACUCCAACGAAGACAAAGAGCAAGAAGAAGUCAGAAGUCUCUUCAACUCAACCAUCCUCCAGUGAAUCACAAGUUCAACACGUCGAAGGUCCUGCUGCCAUUCCCCUGAAAUUUAUUUUGGGGGUUGCUCUAGUUUGUGUGAUCUUGGGAAUAAUUCUUGGUGUGAGGGAAUAUUUUGCACAUAUGUAGAGGAUCUACAGGAUAUUAGCGGAUCUACAGGGCAUUAGUGGAUCUACAAGAUAUUAGCAUUUACUAUAAUAUAUCUUAAUUGAUUGUAUGUAUCCUAGGAUUUAUUACAUUUCCAUUCUUGUAUUGUAUUGUUAUCGUGGUUGUACUAUAAAUAUAUGAACCAACAGGUGUUGGAUUAUCCCACCAGAACAUAUUCAAUUUGGUA